UCCCCCGCCACUCCUCCUCCUCCUCCUCCCCUCCUCCCCUCCUCCUAUCCCUCCGCCUUCCGCCCGUUCGCUCGUUUGCAAACGCGCAUUCCAUCAUACUUAUGAAAUUCACCAUUCUACUCCUUCCCACAGCAGACGUCGUUCGUCUCUCAAGGAUCAUCCGGGGACCUCCUGCCCCGCGAUGGACGAUGAACGCCGAGUCGAGUUGGACUGUAUAGCCGCCAUCUACCCCGAGAUUCGGUUCGACCCAGAAGACCCCUUCUCUGCCUCUAUCGAACUUCCAGUCAACCCGACAAAUCUAGUCACGGUCGUCUUCCCAGCGUCCUCCGACGGCCAUCUCAUCACCCCUCCACUCUCUACCAACUCUAGUCAAGAGGACGAAGUUGCGCCAGCAAACAAUGUCGAAUCGCAUAAUCUAGCAUAUUUACCACCACUUCAGCUGCGUGUUACUCUACCAGAGGGUUAUCCGGAGGAACAACCUGCCAAAUUCGAACUUUCGACAACGCCAGCAUGGCUCAGCCGUUCAUAUCUUGACAAGCUACAGGAGAAUGGGGAGAGCAUGUGGGAAGAUAGUGGACGCAGUUCUGUUAUCUAUGGAUAUAUCGACUUUCUGCAACAAGAAGCCGAGAACGCCUUUGGGUUUGCGGAGAGUGGCAAGAUACUGGAAAUUUCUCAAGAUUUCAAGAUCUCUUUGCUGGACUACGACAUCAAGGCCACCCAGGCUGCCUUCUCCAAGGAGACUUUUGACUGCGGGGUCUGUCUUGAUCCCAAGAAAGGUUCUGUUUGCCACCGGAUGAUCGAUUGUGGCCAUGUGUUCUGUGUUGAAUGUCUACAAGACUUCUACAACAAUGCGAUCAAGGAGGGCGAUCUUGCUCCAGUUCGUUGCUUGGCGCCAGAUUGUGCGAAGAAGCGUGCAGAGGCACAGACAUCCACGAUGAAAAAUCGAAGACUCAAGAUACAGCUCAGCCCUAGCGAAUUGCUCCAAAUACCCCUCGAGCACGAUGUUGUCUCCCGGUACGUGAAGUUGAAGUACAAGGCGGAGUUGGAGUCGGACAAGAACACCAUUUACUGUCCGAGAAAGUGGUGCCAAGGAGCUGCUAGGUCGAAGAAACACCGCAAGCCCGACGGCUUUGAAGAUACAGAGAGCUCGAGCGAUGAAUCAGACGAUGAGACAAGCGGCCCCGGGAAGUUUGCGGCCGGAAAGGAUCUUCUCGCUGUGUGCGAAGACUGCUCAUUCGCAUUUUGCAGCAGAUGUUACCAGGGCUGGCACGGUGAAUUCACAACUUGCACACCGAAAACCAAUACUGGAGAACUCACCGAAGAGGACAAGAAGUCUCUUGAAUAUCUGAAGGCCCACUCGACACCCUGCCCCACCUGUGCGGCUCCUUGCCAAAAGACUCAUGGUUGCAAUCACAUGAUUUGCUUCAAGUGUCGUUCACACUUUUGCUACUUAUGCUCGGCAUGGCUUUCCCAGACAAAUCCUUACCAACAUUACAACGAAGAGAAAACCUGGUGCUACAUGCGUCUGUGGGAGCUUGAGGAAGGUGAUGGAGAUGAUGUUGUUCCAGGUGGCGGUCGGCCUGUCGAAAUCCCUGACGAAGAGGAGGAACUUGAGGAGGCUCCAGUCGAGGUCGUCAACGAAGCAGCAGCUGCCCCUGCUGUCGAGUUUCCUGAAAUUGUUGUGCAAGAGCCUCCGCCAGCCCCCCGAGACGAACUCGAACGCGAAGGUCCUCUCGUCCUCAGAAUCAACCAAGUUCCCCAACCUGUUCCCGUCGCCCCAGCGAUUCGAGAUCCCCCAGCGGCCAACCAGCAAAAUCGCGGCCCCCAACGCCAAGCAGCACAAAACGUCCGCAGACAGCCAGGUAUACCGAUCGGGGGACGUCGAGCGGGUCGUCCACACAACCGGCAACGAGACCGAGAGGAUUUGGGAAGACAAAGAGCUGCAGCAAAUCAAGAAGCAGCACAGCAAGCUUGGGUGCAGAUGUUCGUACGGAUGGCAUUGAAUGAUGAGGAAGAUCAGUUGGAUAGUGAUGACGAAGAUGAUGAUGGAGCAGCGUGGGAAAUUCCCGUUAGAUGAUGAAGAGGAUCGUGCGAAUGUUGUCAUUUCGGAGUUGGUGGACAGGAAUUUGCAUAGCGAGGGCGUUUUGAUUCCAGAUCUGGGCAUAUACCGCCAAGAUAAUAUCGAGAGCUUCUAGUGAGAAACUGGCAUAUUUUAGAGGUCUUCAUAAUUGUUUGAUUCAUUCUCG